GAAAACCAAUCCCAAAAGAGCACUACAACCCGCAGCAACACACCGCAACUAAUUCUGCACCCGCCAUGACGACGCUCAAGAUCUUGUGGAAGGAGAAGCAGGACAUGCGCCGCGUGCAGGUGUCGGCCGUGCACCAGGCCUUGUCAUCUCUUGACGGCCGCGUCGCCUCCGCCGGAAACGAGCUGAGUUUCCGUGACCUACGCGACUAUGUGCUAUUGGUCUUCCCGGAGCUGAAGGACGUCGAGCUUCUACUCUACUACAUUGACGACGACAGCGAGCAAGUGCGUAUUACCAACGACGCCGAACUGGACGAGGCCUUCCGCCUCAUGCGCGAGCUGGCCGUGGCCGCCGGCAAAGACGCCGACAACGCCGUGUGCAAGAUCAUUGUGGUGGCCAGAGAGCCGCUGCAGACCUCGGCCAAUCUGGCCAUGGACGCUAGCAACAGCUCCGUUGUCAACGUUCUACCCGGUGACGUCGAGGAGAUGCUGGCCAGCCAGCAGAAGAAGAAAAUGUCGGACCUAUUCGUGGAUCUCGGUAAGAUAGUGGACAAGUGGCAGGCCAGUGCCGAGCACCAGAUGCUCAAGAAAGACCUAGUGUCACUACUACAUGAACCCGGCUGCCAGGAGGCGCUCAUGGAGAUCAUGGCCAACACCAAGUUCGCCUCACUGUUCCAGAAAGUCAUGGAGGAGUUCCAGAAGAACGGCAACUUUGUGGGAUGUAUCGUAGCCGUGGCCGGCACGGCAGACUUGGAGCAAGUGGCCAACAUCCUGUUGGCUAAGUGCCCAAACGCCCGUGUACAGGUGGAACGCGUGUUGCAGCAAGUGCAGCACAGUCACAACGCGCAACUCAUGUCUGCUAGUGACUACUUUGAGACUAUUAACAUCGAAGAAACCAAGCAAGACUUGGGCCCCGUUGUGGCCGUAUUCGAAGGCGACGUCACGUGUCCGGACGGCACGGUACUGGCUCCAGGAGAGGCCUUUGACAAGGUGUGGAAGCUCAGCAAUGGUGGCCCCAACAAGUGGCCCAUCGGAGCUGUGCUCUCGUGUGUGGGAGGUGACAAAAUGCAGGCCCCAGAGAGCGUGUUGAUCCCUUCCGUGCUGCCUGGCAAGUCUAUCGACGUGUCGCUACGUAUGGUGGCGCCGGCCAAGGCUGGCCGGUACACUGGCUACUGGCGUCUGAGUACCCCGGACGGUAACCGGUUCGGCCAGCGUCUCUGGGUGGACAUUAACGUGAUGGAGCCCGAAGAACCGGCCACUGUUGCCGUCGACACGAAGGAGGUUCGUAUCGACGCUCCUGCAGCCAUCAUCUCGACUGCAGGCGCGUCUGUGAAUGUUCCGGCGCCUGCUGCAGUGGUAAACCAGCAGGACGAAGAGGAACCGCGAUGGACGAACGAACUUCAGGCAUUGGCCGACAUGGGCUUCACGGACAAGACGCACAACGUGGCUCUGCUAUCGCAGCACGAAGGCGACAUGGACGCUGUGAUCACGGGACUCUUGAGCUCCGCUUAAGAGUGUUGGCUCUUUAAACAGCGUGUGGAAGACGUGUCUUCAUGCAGCGUAUAUUACAUUGAAUACAUUUCUCUUGCCUUUGC